AUGGGUGGACUUUUUCUGCAGGUCUUGGACCUUCUGCCUGUGGGUGUGGUGGUAGCAGGGACCAUUGAUAUUUAUGGAUGUGGCUCUUUGGAGCAGUGGCAAUGCCUGGACACUGCACAGCAGAAUUUAUAUAGGCAUGUGAUGUUAGAGAACUACAGAAACCUGGUUUUCUUGGGUGAGGAUAUUGCUGUCUCUAAGCCAGACCUGAUUACCUGUCUGGAGCAAGGAAAAGAGCCCUGGAAUAUGAAGAGACAUGAGAUGGUAGCUAAACAUUUAGUUAUGUUUUAUUAUUUUGCCCAACACCUUUGGCCAGAGCAGAACAUAAGAGAUUCUUUCCAAAAAGUGACCCUAAGAAGAUAUAGAAAAUGUAGAUAUGAGAAUUUACAGUUAAGAAACGGCUGUAAAAGUGUGGUUGAAUGUAAACAGCACAAAGGAGAUUAUAGUGGACUUAACCAAUGUUUGAAAACUACCUUGAGCAAAAUAUUUCAAUGUAAUAAAUAUGUAGAAGUUUUCCAUAAAAUUUCAAAUUCAAAUAUACAGAAGAUGAGACAUACUGAAAAUAAACAUUUUAAACGUAAAGAAUGUGGCAAAAUAUUUUGCAUGCUUUCACACCUAAUUCAACAUAAAAGAAUCCAUAAUAGAGUGAAUUUCUACAAAUGCGAAGCAUGUGGAAGAGCCUUUAACUGGUCCUCAACCCUUAAUAAACAUAAGAGAAUUCAUACUGGAGAAAAACCUUACAAAUGUAAAGAAUGUGGCAAAGCCUUUAACCAGACCUCACACCUUAUUAGACAUAAGAGAAUUCAUACUGAAGAGAAAUCCUACAGAUGUGAAGAAUGUGGCAAAGCCUUUAACCAGUCAGGGACCCUUACUACACAUAAUGUAAUUCAUACUGGGGAAAUUCCCUACAAAUGUGAGAAAUGUGAUAGAGCUUUUAACCAAGCCUCAAAGCUUACUGAACAUAAGUUAAUUCAUACUGGAGAGAAACCCUACAAAUGUGAAGAAUGUGGCAAAGUUUUUAACCAGUUCUCAACCCAUACUACGCAUAAGAUCAUUCAUACUGGAGAGAAAUAUUAUGAAUGUGAAGAAUGCGGCAAAGCUUUUAACCAAUCUUCAAAACUUACUGAACAUAAGUACAUUCAUACUGGAGAGAAGCCGUACAAAUGUGAAGAAUGUGGUAAAGGCUUUAACCAGUCCUCAACCCUUACUACACAUAAGAGAAUUCAUAGUGGAGAGAAACCCUACAAAUGUGAGGAAUGUGGCAAAGCUUUUAACCAACUCUCAAACCUUAUGAGACAUAAGAUAAUUCAUACUGGAGAGAAACCCUACAAAUGUGAAGAAUGUGGCAAAGUCUUUAACCAAGAAUCUGGCAAAGUUUUCCACCUAUCCUCAAAACUUAGUACACAUAAGAAAAUUCAUACUGGAGAGAAACUCUACAAAUGUGAAGAAUGUGGCAAAGCCUUUAACUGAUCUUCAACCCUUAUUGGACGUAAGAGAAUUCACACUGGAGAGAAACCCUACAAAUGUGAAGAAUGUGGCAGUUUUAACCGAUCUUCAACACUUACUACACAUAAGAUAAUUCAUACUGAAGAGAAACCCUUCAAGUGUGAAGAAUGUGGCAAAGCUUUUAACCAAGUGUCAACUCUUACUAUACAUAAAAGAAUUCAUACUGGAGAGAAACCUUACAAAUGUGAGGAAUGUGGCAAAAGUUUCGAUCGAUCCUCAAAACUUACUACACAUAAGAAAAUUCAUACAGGAGAGAAACCUUACAAAUGUGAAAAAUGUGGUAAAGCUUUUAACCAGUCUUCAACCCUUUCUACACAUAAGAUAAUUCACACUGGAGAGAAAUGCUACAAAUGUGAAGAAUGUGGCAAAGUUUUUAACCGAUCUUCAAACCCUACAGACCAUAAAAAAAUUCAUACAGGAGAGAAAUCCUACAAAUGUGAAGAAUGUGGCAAGGCCUUUAACCGGUCCUCAACGCUUACUAAACAUAAGGUAAUUCAUACUGGAGAGAAAGUGUACAAAUGUAAAGAAUGUGGUAAAGCUUUUAAACAGUUCUCACACAUUGCUAUACAUAAGAUAAUUCAUACUGGAGAGAAAUCCUACAAAUGUGAAGAAUGUGGCAAGGCCUUUAACCGGUCCUCAACGCUUACUAAACAUAAGGUAAUUCAUACUGGAGAGAAAGUGUACAAAUGUAAAGAAUGUGGUAAAGCUUUUAAACAGUUCUCACACAUUGCUAUACAUAAGAUAAUUCAUACUGGAGAGAAACUCUACAAAUGUGAAGAAUGUGGCAGUUUUAACUUAUCCUCAAACCUUGCUGCACAUAAGAAAAAUCAUACUGGAGAGAAACCCUACAAAUGUGAAGAAUGUGGCAAAGCUAACCUAUCAUCAACCCUUACUCCACAUAAGACAGUUCAUAUUUGAGAGAAAUCCUGCAAAUGUGAAGAAUGUGGCAAUGCUUUUAACUAA